UCUUCAAGCUCAAGAAAACCUCCACGACGGAGCCACCGUGAAAUUCUCAAAAUUCGAGUGUUCGGCCUCACCGGAUUUCUUGGUUCUUUUCUCCGACAAUGGAAUUUUUUCUCGAAGAAGAAAAACAAUUUCAUGAUCAAUGCUCCACUCUGGUUCUGCCAGCAUUGUCAAUUGGGAAUGUGGGGCAGUUAGCAGUGGAUCUGUUGGUUUCCUCAAUGAGAGCAGCAAGAAUUGCUUAUUUGGAUGACCCUUUUGUUUUACCUUGUAUUGGUAACAAUGCUUAUGAGCCAUCUCCUAUUGGGGAGCUAGCUCUCCCUCUUGAAGUUUAUGAAUCAACAUCUAAUGCAUUGACCUUUGUCCAGCAAAGGUCACCUGUGAUCAAGGGGAAAAUGGUUGAAUUUGCAAAGAACUUGGCUGAUUUUAUUGCAACUUGCGGGAAGAAGCAUGUUGUUCUGCUUUCUAGCUUAGAUUUUGGAAGGUGGCAACAAAUUGAUACGUCAAGUGGUUCGCAGAUACAUUAUCUUUCUAGCACCAAUGAUGACGGAACUGAUGACAACUGUGAACGAAUGGGAUGGAGAAGGCUGCAGGAAUAUGACCCAGGGCAGUCGCGAUGGAAUUAUCUUAGUACUCUAACUGAAGCCAAGACUACACAGGAGGAUGGCCCGCCUUUUGAUGACGAGUUGGAGGAGGGAGACUACCUUCCAAGUCUACCAUUUGCCUCUCUCUUCACUUUUUUGAAGGCCAAAGGUGUAAAAGUCACCUGCUUAUUAUGCUAUUGUUCAGAAGGAGACAACAUACCUGAUGCUUUCAAUUUGGCUGAGGCAACAGGCAAACUUCUGGGUCUGAGUUCUGGUGGUGAAGGCAUUAAAUGGAUAGUCCCCUAUUCUUGGAAGUCUGUUUAUGGACCACCACCAGAUCUGUCCAUCUUCUAGACAAGGAUGGGUGGAAAGAAUCAAUAUGAGGAUGGACUCCUUGCCAUGCCAGUUUUGAUUAAAUGAUGCCAUAAAUGCUUGUCGAAGAAAUUGAUCUGUAAUGUAGAAAUGAAAAGGCCUCUCUAUCCAUUCUGUAACAGGUGAAUGCUUCCCACUUUUUAGUUAAUUAUUCUACUUUAAUCCAUUUUAAAUUAGAAAUUUUCUGUCUUGGACUAGUAUAUUCAAACGGUAAUUGCAGGUUUGUUGAUUAAAA